AUGCAAACCCCACCAACUUCUCCCUCCGAUCCGUCUGCCAAGAUCGACCUUUCAGGACUGAACUCAAUCUUGGAUGCAGCCAGGAUCAAGAACGGUGUUCCAGGAAUGAGUGUCGCUGUGAUGUACAAGGGCGAGGUUAUCUUUGCCGAGGGUUUUGGAAAGCGUAACGAGCACCAACCCUUCACCAAAGAGACAAUUUCGCCGAUCGGGUCGUUGACAAAGGCAAUCACAUCCACGGCAAUCGGUGAACUGGUUGCGGAAGGAAAGAUGGACUGGGACGAGACACCCGUCAACAAGUACCUCCCCGAGUUUGAACUCAAGGAUCCUGUUCUCACCUCCCAGUUGACUAUGGCCGACUUGCUCUCCCACCGCACCUUCAACUAUAGUAACGUCAUGUACGCCGUCGCCGGAGAAGCCGCCGCCAACGUUGCCGGCACCACCUACGAACAACUCGUCCACGAUAAAAUCCUCACGCCACUGGGACUGUCCAACACGGGGUUCUCGCAGAAGGCGAUGAAGAAACUAGAGAAUCACGCCUCGCCGUACCAUGCAGAUUCGUUCUCGAAAGCUCAAGCGGGGGAGUUUCGAGGAGGGGAGUAUGACGAGAUUUAUAUGGCGUUUGCACCGGCGGGUGAUUUGCAUUCGAAUGUGUUGGAUUUACUAAAGUGGGGUAAGGUUGUUGUGGAUGGUGGGAAGGUUGGGGGUGGUGAAGGGAAGCAGGUGUUGAGCAAGGAAAGUGUGGAGAUGACGGUGACGCCGCAGACGGGAGCAUACCCAGGAUCAAGCGCAAACCUGACACUCUUCCCGGAUGACGACUUGAUCAUCGCCCAACUCGCAAACAUCCAUCCCACUGAACUCACCCUCUACGUCGAUUACUUCAUCGCCGACAAAAUCCUCAACCUCCCCUCCUAUUCCACCAGUACCCAACAGGACUGGUUGUUCGAUGAAGCUGUCAAGGCAACUGCAAAGGAGUAUGAGGUCUUGGAGGAGGAACGGGAGGGGAAAGGAUUGCCUGCUCGGAUUGAGGGGACGAUCUCGGUGCUUCCGCGUGAGGAUAUGGUGGGUCAGUUUGUGAACCCGCUCUAUGGAGUCAUCACCAUCGCCCGUGUCAUCCCUCACAAGGAUGAAGGAAAAGAAAACGAGGAGGAGGGACUGGAGUUCAGGUAUAACGAGUACAGGAACAAAAUGGAGCACUACCAUUACGAAACGUUCAAGACGGUGUUGGAGGAUUUGGGUGUUGCUGAAGCGAGGCUUUUUAGUUUUGAGGCUGGGAGUGAUGGACAUGUCGCAGGGUUGAGUAUCAAUUUCGAGGAGCCUGAUUUGGUUCGGUUUGUCAAAGUCAAGACUCCUGUCACCACCACUGUCGCCGAGAAAGUGGAGUAG